AUGCUUAGACUCAACUGGCCGGACAGUCACGAAGGGGAUCGGGUGUGGUUGGGAUCCGUCCCCCUGCAAGUGGGAAGUGACCAACACUUUGACACCAACUGGGCGAUAACGCAAAGUACUGUUGUGGAACACGAUGUUUGUUUCGGGGACGAAGGGCAUCAACCUUCGAUGAGAAUGAAAUGCCUCACUGGACAUUGUCUCGUCAAUGAGGUCGCUGGAACAUUUUACCUGGCUCUGCAAUACAAAAACUAUCCCCUCAACUUAACAAGAACCGAAGGUCACGGCGUCCUUCGAAGCAAAGGGCGCAGGGUGAUCACUCCGCGGGGGCUGGCGUUAGCUAGUUGUGCCUCAGGCUCCAGGGAUAAACUCGACAUAGCUCCGCGCUCUCGCUCGCGAGCAGCGGCUCCCUAUGAAUUUUUCAAAUGUGAUAUCUAUCCUUCAACCGGAAACUGCAUGAAGAAAGCGCUGUAUAUGGCCUCAUAA